GAGAGCUGCCUUCGCAUCACAGAACAGCAGACCGAGUCCCCGCAGCAUUGAACUAUAGACGGAGAAGAGUCUUGAGACCAUUAGCUCUUGUCUCUAAAUUUAACAUAUUGUUGAGCUGGAUAAUAUAAAAGAGGGUCAAAGAACGCCACGAUUUUUAAAGUGUAUGCACUGGAAAACUGAAGGAAGACGAAAGAAUUUUUUUUUUUCAUUUAUUCCACCAGUAACGUCAUCUAUGUGGAGUCAACAAAAAUAUCAACGGAAAUAAAACAGACAAAUUAAGUGGGACGACAGAAAUUAAAAAAAAAAAAAUCCGAAAAACAGUCGGAUAGGAGGCGGGAAUCUAUUUUGAGACGUCGCGUGCAACAGCCAUAGCAUAAGAGGUGGCCCUGAGCGCGAGGUGCGUUCAGUUGCGUCGUGCAAGCUGCUUGCGACAUCACUUCUGCACAGCAAUAGCUCGACUUGGUGAGACAGUCCCCCAGACCUGUGGGAAAUCGUUUAUGCUCUAAAUAGGGACUAGACAGGUCUUUUAUUUUUCAUUUUGUUGAGUAGUAGUUAUUAGACAGUGACUUGAGCAGGCUACUGAGCUUGAGCUCCCAACGAAGAGGCGGAGUCUCAACUCACUAAAAAGGCGCUUGCCUCAACCCGCUCGCCUGCAAAUAUGAUGAUGAUGUCUCUGAACAGCAAGCAGGCAUUCGCCAUGCCUCACACCAGCUUGCCCGAACCCAAGUAUUCCAGUUUGCAUUCUUCUUCAUCUUCGACUUUGACUUCGAGUGCGUCUUCGUCUUCCUGCUCUUCUUCCAGACUUAGUAGUACUAUCAGCAGCAGCAGCAGCUCAGAGACGAUGCGCCGAGCCUGUCUCCCAACCCCACCGAGCAAUAUAUUCGGAGGUUUGGAUGAGAGUUUGUUGGCGCGCGCUGAAGCUCUGGCAGCGGUGGAUAUAGUCUCUCAGACCAAGAGCCACCAUCAUCCUCCUCAUCACAGUCCUUUCAAGCCGGACGCGACCUACCACACUAUGAACACUAUCCCUUGUACCUCCUCUUCCUCUUCCUCCUCCGUGCCGAUUUCGCACCCUUCCGCGCUGGCGGGCCACCACCACCACCACCAUCAUCACCACCAUCACCAGCCUCACCAGGCUUUGGAGGGGGACCUGCUGGAUCACAUCACCCCGGGUCUGGCGCUCGGGGCCAUGGCAGGACCGGAUGGGUCUGUGGUCUCCACGCCGGCGCACCCUGCCCACAUGGCGGGCAUGAACCACAUGCACCAGGCGGCCCUCAACAUGGCCCACGCCCACGGGCUGUCCUCUCACAUGGGCUGCAUGAGCGACGUUGACGCCGAUCCCAGGGACUUGGAAGCCUUCGCGGAGAGGUUUAAGCAGAGACGGAUCAAACUCGGGGUAACCCAAGCGGAUGUGGGAUCAGCGUUGGCCAACCUAAAGAUUCCAGGGGUUGGCUCGCUCAGCCAAAGUACCAUCUGUCGAUUCGAGUCCCUCACACUGUCUCACAACAACAUGAUCGCUUUGAAGCCCAUCCUACAGGCAUGGCUGGAAGAAGCAGAGAAAUCACAUAGGGAGAAACUGAACAAACCCGAGCUCUUCAACGGGGCUGAAAAGAAGAGGAAGCGCACUUCUAUAGCGGCACCGGAAAAGAGGUCUUUGGAGGCAUACUUCGCCAUCCAGCCGCGUCCCUCCUCCGAGAAAAUAGCAGCAAUCGCAGAGAAACUGGACCUCAAAAAGAACGUAGUGCGGGUCUGGUUUUGCAACCAGCGACAGAAACAAAAAAGAAUGAAAUACUCUGCAUGCGUCUAGCUUGACCACCGGCAUUAAAGAACAAUAAAAGCGGAAAAAACUGUAGACACCCGAGUCGAAGAGUCGAUUUGUAUUAUAUUUCUUAUCUCACGCCUUUUUCAAUCAUCGAUGACUUUAACUUUGAGACAGAACUAUGAAUCAUGCUCAAUGUGGUAAAAAAAAAUCAAACCAUUACCUGUCACGUCAUUUACCCAGAAAGGAUGUGGAAUCGUUUUUAAAGGAUCCUUUGACUAAGCAAGUAAGAACAUUUGUUUUUCACCACUUACUAUGCUGCACCAUUUUUGCCAAUUAAAUACAACUUUUCACUAUGAGAUAAUGUAGGAUACAUUGUUUUACGCAACUGGCUUUAUUUCAGAUAUGAAAUGUCACGUAAUAUAGGUACAUUUUACAGAAAAUAAGUUUAACUCAAAGCACUGCGUGCAAAUGGUAAGUUUUUUGUCUAACAAGGAACAGACACAUUUUUCCAUAAUUAUACAAUCUUUAUUUAUUUAUUUACUUUCGAAGAGGCUACAAAAGGAAUCAGGACACUACGGCUGUCACCACUCAGACUGAAAGCUAUUAUUAGAUGAUUACAAAACAACCCCUGUAAAUUAUUAAUUUAGCAGUCUAUGUACUUAAUUUUGCGCUCAUUGUAACCAAUGUUAGAGCUGAGGUGUGGUGACAGCAGCGAAAUACAGACUGACUUUUAAAAUACUGAUCAUUUGUAGUAUAUUACGUUGUCUUGCUAUAAAGAGAGGCAGUCCAAAAAUAUAUUUUAUUUUAGUCCUAUUUUUUUCUCAAUAUCAGGCUGAUAUUCAGUAGUGCCGGAUUUAUUCUCCCAAUACUAUUUUAUUGGGCGCAGUAUCACUCCAAUCUGUAGCCAGGAUCUCAAUCUUAUAAACUAUUUAUUAUGUGAGGUAAUGUUUACUUCAUUACAUAUUUAUUGGGAUUCCCUCUCCAUUUCGGCUUGAGAAAAUAUGAUUC